AUGGCCGGGGUGCAGCAGGGAGAGAAGCAGCUCUUCGAGAAGUUCUGGAGAGGCACCUUCAAAGCCGUGGCCACGCCGCGACCCGAGAGCAUCAUCGUGGCCAGUAUCACUGCCCGCAAGCCGCUGCCCAGUGGGACGCUGGGCUGCCUGCCGUACCCUGCGGAGGACAGACGGCCCGAGAAGCUGAGCAGCUGCGUGGUCAGGGAGCCUGCCAGCACCAAUGGCUGUGCCAAGGGGAGGGACAGACGAGACCAUGCCCACCGCAGGUCACGCAGCCCUUCGUGUGAUGAGGAGCGGCCGCUGCCGGCUCGGGGGAAGAAGAAGAAGAAGAAAUCUGGCCGCAAGAAGCGAAGGAGGUCUCCCUCCUACAGCCCCUCACCUGUGAAGAAGAAGAAGAAGAAAAGCUCCAAGAAGCGAAAAAGAAACAGGUUAUCAUCAAAGAAGAGAAGGCACAGUUCUUCAAGCCCCAAAAGUAAGAGAAAGGAAGAAAGAAAACACAAAAAACACUCUCGUGGGCGCGCCCGGAAAUCCCAUCGGCAUCGCCGCUGCCACUCUCGCUCAGAGAGCUCCGACUCCCACUCCCCCAGCUGCCGGAGCAGGCACAGAGCCAGGUCUCGGGAGGAAGGGCGUAAAACACGGCGAAGACACUCCUGGCACCAUUCAAAGAUCACGGCAAAGAGAAGCUCCUCUGCAGAGGUUCAGGCCAGUCAAAAAGCCAGCCAAACCCUCCCACUCUACAGCUUCCUGUCUUCUAAGGAAGUAAUCUCUCAGUCAGGGUCUUCUGCUGACCUCUUUACCAAAACAGACAGCCCGCCUGGCAACCUAGCCAGCCAGAAUGGAGAGUAUCAUGAAUAUGACUCAGGAAACGAUACUUCCUCCCCUCCCUCCACUCAAACGAGCUCAUCCAGGUCAAAGGACAGCCAGGAGAAAAGAAGUCUAGUCCAUGAUGGCUUUGGCCAUGCCUUCUCGUCCGGGAAGCCCAAACUGGCCAACAGCGAUAACAGCUCUGAUUCAGGAAAUUCCUUCACCAGUUGCUUUUCCCAGACCAAGGGAACAGCUUUGGAAAAUCUGUCUCCAGAUGCCCAGGGACAAGACCGAAGAGCGUGCCUACCCUCAUGUCUGGGUUCCUCAGAGGAGAAGAAGCGAGCCUCCCUGCCCUCCCCAGCGCACAGCUCCCCGCUCAGGCCUGGCUCCCGCAGCGAGUCCUGCAGCAGCACGGGCAGAUCCUCCCCCGGCUCCAGCCGCUCCCGCUCCUCCCACCACAAGGCCUCUCCCAGCUACUCCCGAAGCAGCUCCUGCUCCUCGGGAAAGAGGUCUUCCUCACGUUCCCCCAGCUAUUCCUCCAAAUCCUGCAAAAAAAGUCCUGGGAGUAGAAGUUCCAGGCCUCGCCGGAGCCCCAGUUACUCCCGCUACAGCCGCAGCAGGGACCGCGAGCGGGAGCACAAGUACAGCUCCAGCGAGAAGGAGUCGCAGCGGCAGCGGCGCCGCCGCUCCUACUCCCCCCUGAGGAAACGCCGGAGAGACUCUCCCAGCCACCUGGAAGCUCGGCGCAUCACAAGUGCCCGCAAACGCCCCAUCCCCUACUACCGUCCCAGCCCCUCCUCCUCCAGCAGCGCCGGCAGCUAUUCCUCCUGGUACAGCAGCUUCAGCCGCUCCCCGAGCCGCAGCCGGAGCUACUCCAGCUACCGGAUGAGCCGGAGCCGAAGCUGGAGCAGCAGCCGGAGCUCGAGCCCCAGGAGCAGCCGCAGCAGGAGCAGGAGCUAUGACUCAGGAGCCAGCUCCGACAGCCUGCGUCGUUAGGGAGUGUCACUGCUGGCUGACACCGGGUGCCGGCCUCACCGCCACAUUCCUGGCAUUCUCCGCUUCCUUCCCACCUACCUGGCCAUCGAUAGCAAUCAUCCCCGAUACUGACGUGGUGGCAUUGCCGGGUCCCCCUGCCCCGGUUCGGAGUAAGAGCCCUGGUGCAGCCCCUCCGCCCCAGCGCGGGGUGGGUGGAUCAGUCCCAGCUCCGCUGGCCAGGCUGGAAGAAGGGUCGGUGCUUUACAGAGGGUCUGUCACCACAGACCUGCUCCGUCCUCCCUGAUGCUCCCAUCUGCCAUUGCUACUGCUCUCCAAAGCAUACCAGCAGGUCCAAAGGAAAGAAUUCUGCUACUUGCUCUUCUAACA